AAAUUCAAAAUCACUAUCAAAUAUGAUUAUACAUUUAUUUAUUACAUUUUAAUUAAAAUGAUAAAUAAAAAUAACUAUAUUUUUAUAUUGAAUAAAUAUAAUUAUAUAAUUAAAUUAUUGUAAAUUCUACAUAUUUUGUGGAUAAUUGUGAAUUUUUCCAUCAAACAUACACAAUAUUUAGAUCAAUACGAGAAUAUUAAAUGUGGAUUAUAAAAUUUGGACUGUAAAUAAUAUUUUUAAAAAUUUUACCAGUGUAAAACAGAUUAGAAUAGAUUAAUGUUUUGUCAAAAUUAUUUCUCCCUUUUAAAAUGCGGAUAAAAUCUAAUUUGUUAUUAAUAGUGCAUCCAGUAAAUAUGUUUUCUAGAUUCUUCCCCGGUCUGUAGAUAUGAUAACAUAUUUCUGGUCAAACGCAUAUUAAGAUUUAUUAUAAGAAGAUAGAACAAAUCUAACAAAACAAACAUAUAAAUUCUCUUUCCAUGUAUUUUUUCUGAAAAUAUUAUUAGUUUCUUACUUUGACAAUUAUUAUUCAAUUAUAUUUUGAUACGUAACCAAAAAAAUCAUUAGAGAGAAUUUUGGUCAAUUACAUAUUUGAAGCAUGUGUGCAUCUUAGCCCCUAUAUAUUUCUUCUCCCGUUCAUCAACUGCCUCAAAACUCUGAUCUGAAUUAUUUCUCUCGCAGAGAAAAAAAAUCGGCUAGAGAAUUUCUUCCGACUUUCAAAAAUGGUGAAUCUACCAGAUUCCCUUUACGAAGACUACACUAUAUCCAGGGUGAAUCUUCCCUCUGCUCUAGCCUCCACCGUCCCACCUUCACCGGACAUAAGAAUGAUUAUUAAGUGGGUCAAUGAUCUUCAUAAUAAUAUCCCAUCCACCUUCGAUUUCGCGCUGCAGAAUCUCACCAUUCACAGGAAAAAUUUCGAGAUCUUGCCUCGGCUUUUAUGGAAAUCUCAUUUUACAGUGGCCAUGCUGUUGCAGGAGAUCUUGAAAAUCUACCCACUCACCUCACGUCCAGUUUACUCACAGAACUGGAUGCACCUUCGAGUGUACAACAUUUUGCUUUUGUUCCAGUGCAUAACUCAUUACCCGGAGACAAGAAACUGCUUUCUUAAGGCUGAUAUGCAAUACUAUUUCUAUCCUUUGAUGGACAUUAAUGUCACCGAUCCGCGUCUUGAAUGCCUAAGGAUUGGUGCAUUGGGUGUCAUUGCUCAUAUGUUGAGGCCGCCUGUAGACCCAGCUGCUGUUUGUUACCUUGUGAACACAAGUUGUUUACAACAUUGCACAAAAGCCAUCGAGAUUGGCUCAACAGAAUCAAAAACAAUUGCUGUAUUCAUAAUUAACAAGAUUCUGUCCACUGGUGAGGGGCUUCAGUACUGCUGCGUCUUGCCUGAUCGUUUUUUCUUCAUAGACGGUCUCCUGAAAAGGCUGCUUAUGUAUCUUACCACCAUGGCCAGACCUUGUCCCAGCUUGUUCAAUCUUCUUGUUGGCUGCUACACCAGUCUCUCCUACAAGCCCAGGGCUCGAAGGGGACUAAGGCGUUACCUUCCUGACAUGCUGUUCAACAACACCUUUGCUAGUUUACUUGCUGCGGACCCAGCAGCUGAGAGGAAUCGUCGGGAGCUGAUUAAGAAUCUGGAAAUGAAAACUCAGCCAGAAAAGAACAGGUUUACUAAGUAAUAAAAUGAAAAGACAAAAAGGUUAUAAGAAACUCUAUGUUGUUGUUUGGUUUUAUCUCUUUUCCAGAUACAUCUCUUGAUACUCCAUCAUUGUUCUUCUCUCUCUUUUGGGAUACAUUUGAACCCUAUUUUCAAUCUUCUUUCUUUUGUCCUUUCAAGUAUUUUAUGUUUUAUCUUCUCUCCAGAGGGAGGAUCGAUUUGCUUAGUUUGCAUGAUGAUUGAUACUUAUAUGAUUGUUAUUAACAUUAAUUUCACCUGCAUGAAAAAAGGAGACA